AAUCUGCCAGUCCUGAUGCGACAGAAUCCUGCAGAAACACUUCGUCGGGUUUUGCCAAAAAUCAGAGAAGUGCUGCAUGUUGCAGGAGUGGAAAUGCAGUUAACAGCUGCGGUUUCAUUUUUGACUAUUCUGCAAGAGGAAUCAGUGUCCAUUCAUACGUACUCCCACUCCUUUCUACACAUCAUUCUGCAGAAUCUGGAACACAGGGAUGCAGGUGUCAGCAAUGCAUGGCUAGAAACUCUUCUUGCUGUAAUAGAAGCUUUACCAAAAGAGACUAUCAGACAUGAGAUCCUGAACCCACUUGUUUCCAAGGCACAGCUUUCUCAAACACUUCAGUCUCGCUUAGUCAGUUGUAAAAUCAUGGGAAAAUUAGCUAGCAAAUUUGAAGCUCAUAUUAUUAAAAGAGACAUUCUGCCAUUGGUAAAAUCACUGUGCCAGGAUGUAGAGUAUGAAGUUAGAACUUGCAUGUGUCGGCAACUGGAACAUAUAGCUCAAGGAAUAGGGACAGAACUAACAAAAACUGUGGUACUUCCUGAAUUAGUAGAACUUGCAAGAGAUGAAGGCAGCAGUGUUCGUCUUGCAGCCUUUGAGACGUUAGUGAAUCUACUUGAAAUGUUUGAUGCAGAUGAUAGGAGUCAAACUGUUCUCCCCUUAGUGAAAUCAUUCUGUGAAAAAUCCUUCAAAGCAGAUGAAUCUCUUCUAGUUUCUUUAUCAUUCCACUUUGGGAAACUAUGUAAUGGACUAUAUGGCAUUUUUACUCCUGAGCAGCACUUACGAUUUUUAGAAUUUUAUAAGAAACUUUGCGCAUUGGGUUUACAGCAGGCAAAUGGACACAAUGAUAAUCAACUACAACUUCAAACUUUGGAACAAGAAAAGAAAUAUAUUUCAGUGAGGAAGAACUGUGCUUACAAUUUUCCAGCCAUGAUUGUUUUUGUGGAUCCAAAGAACUUCCAUUUGGAAUUGUAUUCUACAUUUUUCUGCCUUUGUCAUGACCCUGAAGUUCCUGUCAGAUACACUAUAGCCAUGGGCUUCUAUGAAGUUGCUAAGCUUUUAAAUUCUGGUGUGUAUACCAUACACAAAGAACUGGUAACAUUGUUACAGGAUGAGUCACUGGAGGUAUUAGAUGCACUGGUAGGUCACCUUCCUGAAAUCCUUGAACUAAUGACUAAUGGAGGAGAAAACAGUGGAUCGGAAAACAAGUUAUUGUCUAUCCCAGACCUGAUACCUGCAUUAACAACAGCAGAACAAAGAGCAGCAACUUCUUUAAAGUGGAGAACUCACGAGAAGUUACUACAAAAAUAUGCAUGUCUCCCUCAUAUCAUAUCAAGUGAUCAGAUUUAUUAUCGUUUUCUUCAUAGAAUGUUGACAAUCAUUUUGACAAAUAAUGUUCUGCCAGUCCAAAAAGCAGCUGCUCGAACUCUCUGUGUUUACUUACGUUAUAAUCGCAAACAAGAACAGAGGCAUGAGGUCAUUCAGAAACUUAUUGAACAACUGGGCCAAGGAAAAAGUUACUGGAACAGACUUCGUUUUUUAGAUACCUGUGAAUUCAUUAUGGAAUUGUUUUCCAAAUCAUUCUUCUGUAAAUACUUCUUUCUACCUGUUCUUGAACUUACACAUGAUCCAGUAGCAAAUGUGAGAAUGAAGCUGUGCUACUUGUUGCCAAAAGUUAAAUCUACUUUGAAGAUUCCCACUGACAAACUUUUACUUCAGCAGCUGGAAUUGUGUAUAAGGAAACUUUUGUGUCAAGAAAAAGAUAAAGAUGUGCUGACUAUUGUAAAAAGAACAGUGUUAGAAUUGGACAGAAUGGAGAUCUCUGUAGAUGGUUUUCAGAAAAGAUUUUAUGAAAAUGACUUACUGGACCAAGAAAAAGAGAGACAAGAACUUCUCCUUCUGGAAAUGGAACAGUUAGAAAAAGAGAAGCAGCAAAAUGAAGGAAGAUCCACUAAUAUUAGUGAUAAGAUGUUUGAAAAGAAGCGUAGAGACAGUAAAACAUCAUCAGCAUUGGCAAAAAAUGUACCUCUUUCUCUUCCUGGAAGCUCUGCUGGUACAUCAACAGGCAAAGAAAGCAAGAAAUCCAAGUUGGUUCGAAGUCAGUCUUUCAGUACUCAAGCACUACAUCCAAAAUACAGCAACAUAGACAAGUGUCCUAAUAGAAGUGCUGCUACAGGAUAUACAUCUUCUGUAUCAGGAAUGGGAAAGAGUUCUGUGUUAUCUUUUAGUGAUGAUUCAUUCCGGACUCGUUCCACUGGUAAUAAUGGGAAUGCUGCCCUCCCUUCUAGUUCUUCCCUCUCAACUUCUCGCAGUUCAACUAACUCAGCUGACCAAAAGAACAAUGGAAAUAAAGACAGUCAGUCACGAAAAAUGAGCAUAAAAAACAGAAAAUCAAACUCUUAGAUCUUCUGUCAGAAAAAGGAAGAAACCAAAGACUGUUGGAAGCAGCGUUCUUGUGCGAUAAGUCAGGAGCAACAGAUGGGACUCUAUAAUGCCCGGAGUGAAAAAAUGCAUCUUGCAAUGUUAAAACCUCUAUCUUUUAAAUAAAAUUCUAAGUUGUAAAAUAUGUUCAUAUAAAUAAUGUAAUGGUUGCAGAAUUCCAAUGUUGUAGUUAAAUGUUAUGAAAUACAACUUUAGCAAUGUGCUCUUAACUACUGCAGCUAUAGAGACAGGAU